AUGUCAUUUAACUUUGCUAAUUUUACCAAAGAUUUGAAGAAUUUGGGGGACAAAUUUUCCAAUGAAUUCAAUAACGAAUUUUUACCAAUGGCCCAAAGAACUUCUAGACUAGUUCAAGAAAGAAUAGGUAAGGUCAAUGUUGACGAUAUUAGCCAUUUACCAAGUGAGUACUUAGAAUUGGCCGAUAAAUGUAAUAAUAUUGAAAAAUUAUACAAGAAUGUUUUAAAAAUCACUAAUAAUUAUGAAAAUGAAUCUUAUGAUUAUCCAACCAAUUUACAAGAAUCUUUUAGUGAAUUUGGUAGAAACUUUACUAAUAGAGUGUCUAAUUUAUCUAAAGCUACAACUCCAGCUGAAGCACAAGCAGCUUUAAUCAAUCCAACCACUGGUGAGUUCAAACCACCAAAAACUUUAUACCAUGCUUUGGCUAGAGCUACUGAUGGAUCAAUUUUAACUUCCUCGACUUCCAAAGAUCAAGAUCCUUUAGUUAAAGGAUUAGAUUUAUACUCAUCCAACUUGAAUAAGAUUGCUAAUGCUAGAUUAGGUCAAGAUCAAUUGAUUAAAUCAAAAUUCAAUAAACCUUUAACGACCACUUUACGUCAAUUAAUUUCUCAAAGUAAUAAUAUCCAAAAGAAAGUGGAAGAUAAAAGAAUUGAUUACGAUUUAGCUCGUAUUAACUUAACUGGUUGUUCUAAUCCUUCAAAAGAACCUCAAUUGAGGGUUGCAAUGGAGAAUGCCGAAGAUGAAUUUGCUAAUAGUGUUGAAGAUGCUAUUAAUAUCAUGCAAAAUGUUUUGGAACACGCUCAACCAUUAGAAGAAUUCUUGGAAUUAAUUAAAGCUCAAUUGGCUUAUCAUAAAUUAGCUACCGAACUAUUAGGUGGAAUGGUUGGAGAUUUUGAGAAUUUAAUCGAUGAAAAUUCAAAAUUAUCAAGUGGGAAUAAUAGUGGAAGUAGAGAAUCCGGUGAUUUUGAUAUUUAA